AUGAAUAUUCAAGUUUCAUUUUCUGAAGCACCAUGGAUGACGCAAUUAAAAACAUUUCUUUAUUCAUAUAUAACUGGCACAUCUAACAAAGGUAAAUUACUUUUAAUCGGAAGAGAUGAGAUUGGCCGCAGCAGUUUUGGACGCAUUUUCCGAAAUAAUCCCGUUACGGAAGAUCCAUUAGUGGAUGAAGUUGUAAUCGAGGGUAAACACUUCGAUCUUCAUCAUCUCGAGUGUCUCAAAGAUGUACCUGUUUGGGAACAUUCAGAUGUGAAUGGUAUUAUCUAUCUUUUGACUUCUUCCGAUAUCUCUUCUCUGGGACCAGUAGCAGAAGAUCUCGAUGAACUGAAAAAACUGCUCAGCAAAUCUCCACAUGUUCCUAUACUAGUGUUAGAUCUCAUACAGGAAAAAAACUCUUUUUUGAGUAAAGAAGUAUUGACGCAAGAACUGAGAAUUGGAGAAGCCGUUCAAUCUGAGAUCACGUCUUUAGUUAACCUAACUGAAAUAGCCAUAGGUCUGUUUCAAGUCAACUUAGCGGAUAUAAAAGGAAUAGAAAAUGCUCGAAAAUGGCUGGGAUCGAAAAUAUGCUGA